AUGAGAACGGGCUGCGUGGAGUGCAAAAGGAGGAGAAUCAAGUGCGACGAGGGUAAACCGAUCUGUGUGCGAUGUAAACACCGUCCGGAAAAAUGCAAAUACGAAUUCAAGCUCUCGUGGACGGGCGGCAGGCCUUUUAAGAACCGCCCGCAAACCGAUUCACAGAGCAGUUCGCAAAGUCCACCCGAAGCACAAAAUGCAUCGGCCAGCACUUCAUUUCCAGCACAAGAAACUGAUCCCAGUCGCAAAUUCUCCACGGUCUCAACUGCUUCGACUACCUCUACCGCUUCUACCGGCUCGGGAAACUCAGCAAGCUCAGGAGAAUGGGUUUUCGAGACAACGACGGGUCCAACUGCUCCCGACCAAGGCAGGCAGUACUCUUUUCAAUCAGAAAAUUAUAUCCAUCAACAACAUAGGUUAAGCGAUGACCAUUCCGCUUCAACUUCCAUUGAUCCCGCAGAGGCUGCGUUGGCCCAAAGGAUACCACCGACUCACGCAAACCAUACCACAACGCUUCAAAAGUCUCUGGCCCGAAGAUACCCAUAUAAGAAACGAGCACAGAUAGAGAAAGACGCCUCCGAACAAUCAAAUAAUCAAGAGUUGUCACCUUUUUUCCAGCAAAUUCAAUACGCACUUUCUACCAACCCUUCACAACUCUCCUCUUCUCCAGAAAGCCGCUUCUUCCUUCACCACUACAUCAAUGUAACGGCGGACGUCAUCUUUCCUCUUUCAUUAACUGGCAAUCCUUUACGAGAAGAUCUUCUUCGGUCCGCCAUGUCUAAUCCGCAUCUCCUUAAUGCAUUUCUCGCAUGUGCAUGUUCACAUUAUGCCCGCCGACACGAAGGCAUGCCCAUAGAGUUGGCAAAUAACAUCACGAAAUUCACCAACGCAUCACUCAAUGGUCUGCGAAAGGCAAUGACAGAUCCAAAGCAAGCAGGGAAACUGGAGACGGUCAGCACAGCUCUUGCAUUGUGUACAUCGGACGUGAUCUCGGGCGAUCUGAGUACUUGGCGCAUCCAUUUAUCAGGGGCAAACAAGCUUAUCAUGUCUGCCUUCCAAAAUGACAAGAAUCCAUCAUCACCGUCGAAAUCAGAAACAGACGGCAAAAACCCUCUAGAAACCUUCGUCAUCAAGUGGUAUGCACUGUUGGACAUUUUCGCCGGUGUCUCCGGUCUUCGCAAGAGUUCAAAUUCAAAUCCCGAUGGACGCUACUGGUCAUCUAAUGACGAUGAUCUAUACAUCGAUGAAUGGACAGGCUACUCUCUAGAUCUAAUCCCAAUAAUAUCACGAAUUGGAAAAAUGGCCCGGGUUCAGCGCAAAAGAAGCCAGGUCAUGGCCGUCAACGACGAUUCUGAUGACGAAACCGUUGAUAAUCAACUUCGUGAGGAAAGCCUGGAAGAAAUCCGGCAAAUGGAAAGCCUGAUCUAUUCACUUUAUAAUCGGACCGCCCACCCAGAACUGGUGAACAACCCUAAUCCUGAAACAAGAAAACGAGCAGAAGAGAUGCAGUGCAUCCACCGGGCGUUCUUGUAUACCGCUCUUUUACAUUUGUACCGCCGUGUACAGGACCUGCCUAAAUAUCAUACCAAGGCGGUUUAUGCGGUUCAUAUGAUUAUUGAGACUAUCCAGAUGAUUCCCCGAGAGUCUUCGUCUAACAUCUUGACUCUGUGGCCGGUUUUCACGGUCGGAUGUGAAACGGAUGAUCCGGAGCAGAGGAAGAUAAUUGAACAGAGAAUCUCAAGGAUGGAGGCAUUUGGGAUGGGUAAUGUUGAAACUGCACGGCAGGCCAUGCAUGCGUACUGGGAGUCUGGUGCGACGGAGCGAUGGGAUAUUUUCUUAGAAAGUUACGGGCAAGACAUCGUCCUUUUUUGA